CAGCUCUCGCUGGGAAAGGAGGCGGUAGCGUUGGCGGCAACGCACGGCAUUCUGGGAAGGGUAGCUGCAUUUCCGCACGGUGAAGUGUGGCCGGUGGGCUUUGGGGGAUUCGGUCACUGUCCUGAGGGUGACUCCCGCUGCGGACGAGGCGGGUCCAGGAAUAGAGAACUUGCUGGUCUGGGAAGAGGCGUGUGCUGAUGGGGCGGGUUUGUGAGGGUGAAGCCUUCCUUUUCCCCAGUCACCAUGGGCACUGGAAGAAUGGCCACCCAGCCGCUGACCACAAAGGCCCUGGGACCAGUGGCAUUCAGGGAUGUGAUUGUCAACUUCACCCAGGAGGAGUGGCAGCAGCUGAAGCCUGCACAGAAGGAUCUGUACAGGGACGUGAUGAUGGAGAUCUACUGGAACCUGGUCUCGCUGGACUUGGAGACUAGACCUGACAUGAGAGAAAUGGACCCACAGGAGGACAUUUGGAAAGAGAGACCAACCCUUGUGGUGGAGGCAGAAAGACCCAUAAGGAAUAGUGCCCGGGGUUGUGCCUCUGAAGGAGCGGGGACACAGGGUGACCAGCUGGGGUGGCGACAUGGGAGCCUCGCAUCCUAUCCGGGACAGUUGGACAUGUCCCAGGCAUUGGCCCCGGUAUGUCGUGAAUUUAAGGCAUUCGUCCACCAAAGCCCCUCUCCGGCCCUACCAAGAUUGGAAGGGCUUAGAGGAGCAGGAAGGCACCCAUUCACCAUGUGUAGGAAGAACUCAGGUGCUUCAAGCCUCCGUGCUCCCACCCAACUCUGCGCAGAGAAGAAGCCCUACAAGUGUGGGGACUGCGGCAAGUCUUAUGGCUAUAACUCAUCCCUGAUGAAGCACCAACGAAUCCACACAGGGGAGAAGCUCCUCUCGUGCACCACUUGUGGGAAGCAGUUCAUUCAGCAGUCAUGCCUCACCAUCCACCAGCGUGUGCACACUGGGGAGAAGCCGUAUGCCUGUGGGGCAUGUGGGAAGGCUUUUGGCAGUAACUCGUCCCUGAAGAAGCACCAGCAAAUGCACACUGGGGAGAAACUCAUGUGCACCACGUGCGGGCAGCAGUUCACCUGGCCAUCAUGCCUCACCAUCCACCAGCGUGUGCACACUGGGGAGAAGCCGUACACGUGUGCAGACUGCGGCAAGGCUUUCAGCCAGAACAAGCAUCUCAUCCGGCACCAGAGGUCUCACACUGGGGAGAAGCCAUACAUGUGCGAAGACUGUGGGAAAGCCUUCAGCCAGAACAGGAACCUCAUUGUUCACCAGAGGAUGCACACAGGCGAGAAGCCUUACACAUGUGGGGAAUGUGACAAGGCCUUCACGCGGAACGAGUACCUGAUCGCGCAUCAGAGGACGCACACUGGGGAAAAGCCGUAUGUAUGCAGGGACUGUGGAAAGGCCUUCACACGGAACGAGAGCCUCAUCGUACACCAGAGGACACACUCCAGGGAGAAACCAUACACAUGUGGGGACUGUGGCAAGGCCUUCAGCCAGAAGGGGCACCUCAUGCUGCACCAGAGGACACACACCAGGGAGAAGCCCUUCUUGUGCUCCAUGUGUGGGAAGCAGUUCACCCAUCAGUUGAGCCUCACCAUCCACCAGCGCAUCCACACUGGGGAGAAGCCGUACACAUGUGAGGACUGCGGCAAGGCUUUCAGAUGUAACUCGUCCCUGAAGAACCACCAACUAAUUCACUCUGGGGAGAAGCCCUUCUUGUGCGAUACAUGUGGGAAGCAGUUCACCCGGCCUUCAAAACUUGCCAUCCACCAGCGUGUGCACACCGGGGAGAAGCCCUUCAAGUGCAAAUACUGCGGCAAGGCCUUUAGCCAGGAUGCGAACUUCAUACUGCACCAGAUGAGACACAAUGGGAGAAGCCAUGUGAGUGCAUGGAGUGCUGCUAGGCUUUUUUCAGCUGUAACUCGCCCCUGAAGAAGCUGUAACAAAUCCACUCCAGGUAGAAUUUCUUCCCACUCACUGUGUGUGGGAAACAGUUCACCUGGCCAUUGUACCUCACCAUCCACCGGUGUAUCCACAGCUAGGACAGGCCAUAUACAUGCAGGGGCUACAGAAAAGCGUUCAGCCAGAAAACGCAGUUCACCCUGCAACAGAGAAAGCACACUGGGGAGAAGUCCUUCUGCACCAUGUGCGGAAAGCAGAUCACCUGGCAGUGGACCCUCACCAACCACAAGCUCAGAUAUAACUGGGCAAACCCCUGUGAGUGCUCCAUCUGCCUGAUGCGCUUUACAACAUGAUCAUCCCGGGAGAUGCACCAGGUCGACCACAUGAGCAAGAUACUCUACAAGUGUGGCAAGGCCUUUAUCAGGCAUUUCUUGUUUACCUUCCACCAGAGGAUCCACACAGGAGAGAAGUUGUACUUGUGUGGCAAGUGCAGGAAAACCUUCAGCUGGAACAUAAACAUUACAAACAUUAAAGGAAGAUGCACACGUAGCAGUGGCCACGUUGGAUCUCAGAAUCUGCACCUGUGGGCUGAGCUUAUGUGCCAGUGCCAGACUUGAUACUGGAGCCCACAGGUGGGACUGUAGAGAAGUCCUGCCCAGACGGGUCUUAGGAACGUGGGUGCUGGGGAGAGGCCACACCAUGCACACAAGCUGCUUCCAGAGCAUCCACAGGGCCAGUGGAAACCAAGUCCCCCAACAGGUCUAGUAUCUGGGAAUGUGGCCAGGCCACUGUGGCUCCAGAAUGAGAUUUAGUAAACUGUUUUUAAGAGCUUGGACAACACAUUUAGUGUCUCUGGGUCUCCAUCUCCUGGAUAGUCAAGUAGAGGAGGGGGAAGAGAAAGGAAGAAGGGAAGGUGGGCUCCAUGGGGACAUUCUCCCUUUGUCAUACAGGGCUAAAUCUACUCCAGAGAUUAGGGUGUCACCAUCUGUGGGUGUCCUUGUUUUCCCCACACCCAGCCUCUCUGCACCAGUAUUAGUCACUUAGUUUGUGAGGGGAAAAUAAUUUUUAUUCAGUAUUAGGAAAUAACAGUAUUGGCUUCAGUUGCCAAAGUUUCUCAAAGUGGUAUGUUGUAUUUUGUUUAAAUACUUUUUUAAAAAGAUUCUAUUCACUUAUCUCUGGAGAGGGGAAGGGACAGAGAAACAAAGGGAGAGAAAUGUCAGUGUCUGGUUGUCUCUCACAUGCCCCCCAC